AAAACCCAUUACUCUUCCUCAUCUUCCUCGGUCGCUGCCCCAAUGAAAACGUUCAUACUAAUUUCCAUCUUCCUGGUCGUGGUUUACAUCCUCGUUCCGUUCUCUCGGCUUCGGUCUCUCGAGAGAUUCUACGCCCAUGGCUUUCACACGCCGACACGGCUCGAUCAUAUCGUUUUCGGGAUCGGAUCGAGCAAGAACACGUGGCCUAGUCGAAGAGACUACGUUAAGCUCUGGUGGGUUCCUCGCAAAAUGAGAGGUUGUGUUUUCGUUGAAGCUCCUUUACAAGAGAAUGCCACUGAUUCUCACCUUCUUCCUCCUGUUUGCAUCUCCGAGGACACUUCCCGGUUCAGGUACACUUGCAGAGGGGGUCAUAGAUCGACGAUACAUGUAGCGCGGUCCGUCCUAGAGAUCGUAAGGCUCUUCAACAGCUCUUCGGACAUCAGGUGGUACGUGUUCGGGGAUGACGACACGAUAUUUAUCCCCGAGAACUUGGCGAGAACGCUCUCGAAAUAUGAUCAUACGUUGUGGUAUUACAUAGGGUCGAACUCCGAGAUUUAUGGAAAGAACUCCUUUUAUGGAUUCCAUAUGGCAUUCGGAGGAGGUGGGUUCGUGUUGAGCUCCUCGCUUGCUAAUGUUCUCGCCAAGGUCCUAGAUUCUUGCAUCGAACGGUACACACAUCUCUGCGGAGGAGACGGUCGGAUUUACUCUUGCUUGGCCGAGCUUGGAGUCGGUUUGUCCCAUGAACCGGGAUUUCAUCAGCUUGAUGUGAAGGGAAAUGGGUUGGGACUAUUGAUGUCGCAUCCGAUGAGACCGUUGGUGUCUUUGCACCACAUGGCCCAUAUGGACCCAAUCUUCCCCAACUCACCCACCGUCGCCGCCGUCCGCCACCUCCUCAGUGUUGCGGCUGUGGACUCGGCUCGAAUCCUCCAACUCUCCGUCUGCUAUGACCGGCGAUUCUCUUGGACCAUCUCUGUGUCUUGGGGCUAUGCCGUACAGAUACAUGGCCGACAUAUGCUUCUACCUGAUGUCUUGCCGGUUCAAGAGACGUUCGAGCCAUGGAACCCGAACCAGAAUGCAUCGUCGAGGCUUUACAACUUCAACACUCGAGAGAUUCAUCCCGAUCCUUGCCAUAGACCCGCAACGUAUUACAUGGAAAAUGCCUCGUUCACAGGAGAUGGAUCAAUACGAAGCCUCUACAAGGCGAAAGCUUAUGAGAAUUGCACGUCCGAUCUGAUUUCAUCGCCGUGGAAGUUCGAAGAAAUCAUAGUGUUCUCCAAGAAAUAUGAUCCCAACAUUCAACAAUUGAAGGCUCCAAGAAGGCAGUGCUGUGAUAUAUUACCUUCAAGAAAUGGCGGCAAAAUCAUGGAGAUUGGUAUCAGAGAAUGCAAGGACGAUGAGCUCAUCUAUAUGCGCCCUUAGUUUUG